AAGUUACGUGACUUGACGUUUUUCCACCGAUGGCUGAUGACGGUGGCAGACAGGUCAGUUGUGUUGCUGGUAGGAGGAGAACCAUCAGGAGAAUAUUAUUCCUCCGGAGCCCUGCGACCUAAAGACGGAGCAGCAGUGAAAUAAAGGAGAGGAGCGAGGUGUUCUGUGAACCUGGGAGUUCCUCUCACUCUGACGCUGCCUCAGGAGAGUCUGUGACAGUGUUUGGAGGCCUGUUGCUAGCUGCGAGGAAUCCUCGGGCUAGCCCGGCAGACACCGGGCCCAGGGAGAGGACCAGGACGGGGACUCCGUGGACCGGUUUGACCGCGCAAGUUUUUCAGUUUUUGGGUGUCCUGGUUUGUAACCAAACGAGAACUGAACACACUGUGUUCCUCCUUUGCGGAUAUAAACCAGCGGAACACAAACCGCUGUUACUUUGACAGCUAGCUAACAUUAGCUGUGUUUACAAGCUAACUUAGCCCUGAUCCUCUGGAGAAGUUUACUCUGAGCUAGACCUGAGCCAGACCUGAGCCAGGUAUGAUCUGCAGGUUUGACCCAGACCACCUCUGUAGUAGUGAACUGUGAGCUGCUCUUUGUUUACUGGCUGAAGGUCGCCUGAUAGAUAUCAAGAUCAGAGGAGUUAAAGCAAAGGUUAUCACACCUUCAUGCUUAUCUACAGCAGCCUGAAGUUUGUCACUGUGUGUAACAGAAGGAAUUAAACUUAAUCAUCUGAUUACCAAAGCUGUACCUCAUCACUCAUCACAACCAAGACUGUUAUCCGGAUGAGGGCUCUCAAAGAUGAGGGGGUUUUGAUACGGACGGGUGUCACCUGUUCAGCUUGGAGGUAUUAAUCCAACACCAGCACCCAACAUCUGCUGUGCUGCAACAAGAAGAACUGAUCUGCUGUUUCAGUCUCUUGAGCUGAUCCGCUCAAGAAGGAUCCCCUCCAGAACAGACCCAACAUGAAUCGUUACCUGCCCGUGGCGAGACAGCACUUCCUGGCCGCCCUUGCCAGCACCAGCGUGGUGGUCAAGUCUAUAAGUGCUGUAGUGGUCGUCCUCUACCUGUUGUCAUGGGCCGUGGACACUCAGUACGCUCUGGGGGUGACCCCAGGAUACCUAUUUCCACCCAACUUCUGGGUGUGGACACUGGUGACCCAUGGGGUGGUGGAGCUGCACAUCUGGGGCGUGGCAGCCAAUGUGGGGACAGUUAUGGCCUGUGGGCGUCUGCUGGAGCCUCUGUGGGGCGCACUGGAGCUCCUGAUCUUCUUUGCAGUGGUUAAUAUCUCUGCAGGCCUCUUGGCUGGCCUCUCUUACCUCCUCACCUAUGUUGCCACCUUUGACCUGGACUACUUGUUUGCUGUCCGCAUCCACGGGGCGGCUGGGUUCCUGGGAGGUGUCCUUGUGGCACUGAAGCAGACUAUGGGGGACACCACGGUGCUCAGAGUGCCGCAGGUAAGACUGAAAGCAGCUCCAGCGUUGGUCCUCCUCCUCCUGGCCAUACUGCGCCUGUCUGGACUUCUCGACAGCUCCGCCCCCCUGGCUUCGUACAGCUACGGCGCCCUGUCCGGAUGGGUCCACCUGCGUUUCUACCAAAGGCACAGCCGGGGCCGCGGUGACAUGUCGGACCACUUUGCCUUCGCUAGCUUCUUCCCCGAGGCUCUGCAGCCGGUCGUGGGGCUGCUGGCCGGCCUGGUGCACUCGGCCCUGGUGAAAAUCAAGAUUUGCAGGAAGAUGGUGAAGAGGUACGACGUGGGGGCGCCCUCCUCCAUCACCAUCAGCCUGCCAGGGACCGACCCACAGGACGCAGAGAGGAGAAGACAAAUCGCCCUCAAAGCUCUGAACGAGCGUCUGAAACGCGUGGAGGACCAGUCCGCCUGGCCCAGCAUGGACGACGAAGAAGACGAGGACGAUGACGAGGUCAGAACCGACACGCAGCCGCUCCUCCCAGGUGGCCGUGACCCCUCCACCACCACUCCGAGACCAGCAGGUGGACCAGCCGGUGCCUCCUCCUCCUCAUCCUUAAUGUCACAGAGCGGUGGAGGAAGCUCCUCAGGCGGGUUGCCACAUCCAGAGUCCAGCAUCAUCAGCUUCGAGGAUGCACCUUCCACAUCAUAACAAACAGAGCCAACAUGUACAUAAACACACGCUCUGUUCUGUUUGACAGGCAGGUGUUCUGACGUAUUCAGCUCCCUGUCUAGUAUACAAAUAUAUCCAGUGACAGUGAGUAGGCACACUAAUUCAAAGACACACACACACACACACAUCAUCCUGCAGCAGUCUGCACACACGACUGCCGUCACAAAGUCACUGUCAGUGUCAUUGAGAGUCCAGUGGGGGGGCGUACUGUACAGUUCUUUCAGUUCUGACCCGUGGGCUGUAAAUGCUCAGUGUUCUCGGGACACUGGACUCUGAAUCCUUCUCUCCCUUCCUGUAUCAGACCACGAGUCUUCAAAAAUUCUGUCUUGUCCGGAUCCAGUCCCAUACGGCAGGGCUCUGUCCGCUGCUUCGCGUGUCUCUUUCUCUUGCUUUCUAAAUAAAUAACAAAAUGGGUGUAAAAUA